AUGUCAUGGUUUGGCAAUGUGUUCUCAAUUAUGCUUCGUAAUAUUUUUACCUCCGAAACAACCGAAUAUCUGGUAAUAGAAUAUAAUGCCAGUAAAUAUUCGAUGAGACAGGUCAUUUGCAGAGAAGAUGGAAUUGCUUUAUAUUCUCCUUUAUACGCACAGGAGACAUAUGAAAUUGUAUUACAUCGACCUGUCGGACAAUAUUCAGACAUGACGAGUAUAAUGGAAAUACAAAUGAUGUGUGAUAUAUUACGAUCGAAUCCAAAUUGGAAUGUAGCACACAUUGCAGCACAUUUUUCAUUGUUGGAUAUCGUGAAUGAUCAAGAGAUAGCACCAUAUUUGAAUGUUGCUGAUUCAGUUACUGGAAUAUCUCCUUUACAAGUUGCUAUACAAACAAAAGAUUUUGAUAUAGUAAAAGCAAUGGUCUUGGCAAACUGCAAAUUAGAUCACGUUGAUUUAUAUUUAAACACAGUUUAUCAUUAUGCGGCUACUUCGACAAAAAAUAUUCUUUGCUAUCUUCAUGAAAUAAAUCCUGCUUUAUUAAAUAACCAAAAUAAAUCUGGCCUUACGGCCUUACAUAUUGCUUGCUGUAAUGAUAUGUUGGAAAAUGUAACAACAUUAAUAAGUCUGGGUGCAGAUGCCAAUAUUGCUACAACAAGCGCUAUCGAUUCUGCAUGCUCAAAUUUAGAUGAAAUAGUAUACGAGGAGAAAUGUAAUUUAAUAAGAAAUGGCGGUACUCCACUACAUUAUUCUUUUAAUACUGAAAUAUUGAAGCUAAUAAUAAAGAAAAGUUGCUCCAUUAAUGCUGUCAAUUUGAACCAAGAAACAGCUCUUCACAAUAUGGUGCAUCAAAAUUUAUUUGAGAAUGUACUGAUUCUACUAACUUACAAUGCAAAUGUUAAUACAUUGAAUGCAGAGGGAUAUUCUGUAUUACGCUCUGCAAUACUUAAACUAGACUUCAAAUAUUAUUUUAACCACUUAUUUCCAUGGGCCAUUGUUACAUUACCGCUUAUUCUAUCCUCUGCUCAGAACAACGUGAACAUCGUACAAGCGCUAAUAGCUUUCAACGCCGAUGUUGACAUAGCUGACCCGGACUUGGUAUCGUUACGCCAUGGAACGAACAUCGCAACCAAUGAAGGCAAGAAAAUUCUAAAUAUCCUCAACGCGGUCGGCUCCGAGCGCUGCAUAGCCACGGUGUCCCAUUGCCACAAGGGAUGCAAAUACAACGGGGAUUACAACGGCACAGAGUCCAUCAAACUAUUGAAUUUAAAUCCCAGGAGUAUCCUCGAUCAGAUGCUCUAUGUCUCGAGCAUGGGCAAAUUCUCCUCGAAGCCGCGUCAACACAAAAACGGCGGUAGGCUCUUGUGCCUCGACGGAGGCGGCAUCAAGGGCCUCAUUCUCAUUCAGAUGCUCUACGAGAUCGAGAAUAUCCUACAGAAGCCUAUCAUCAGUUGUUUCGACUGGAUCGCCGGCACCUCAACAGGUCAUACACGCGAGUCAUCCCCGAAUGCGAUAUAUCAGCCAGCUGUAGUAGAGAAGGAUGCGACAAUUUUCGAGCGCAUCAACAUGAAAGGCUCCGAAUGCCAGGGCUUGUACUUCCAAAUAAAGAAUAAAGUAUUCCAAGGCAACCGACCGUACUCGAGCAUACCACUGGAGGACACUCUGAUAAACUGUUUUGGCAAUGAGACGCCGAUGACUUGUAUCGAACAUCCGAAGGUCAUGAUCACCGCGACGCUGGGGGACCGGCGCCCCGUCGACCUUCACUUCUUCCGCAAUUACACCUCCUCCAACGAUAUUCUACAAUUACCGACGAACAGCAAAUUCAAGAACACUCUACCCCCGUGUGAGCAGCUCAUAUGGAAGGCGGCGAGGGCUACCGGAGCUGCACCCACCUACUUCGAAGCCUUUGGCCGAUUUAUCGACGGCGGCGUCAUCGCCAACAACCCCACCCUCGACGCCAUUACCGAGAUUUACGAGUACAACCUCGCACUCGAGGCCGUCGGCAGACAUAGUGAAAUAACGCCCUUGUCCUUGGUCGUAUCCCUGGGUACGGGCUUGAUACCCGUGGAAAACCAGAGGUUCGACUUGCAUUGGCGCGGAAAUUUAAAAGAAGUUGCGCUACUAUUGCGCAACAUGUUUAACCUGGUUAUCGAUCAGGCGACGACCACCGAUGGUCGGAUGGUCGAUCGAGCAAGAUCAUGGUGUUCGAUGAUCGGCGUGCCGUACUACAGAUUCAAUCCCCAGCUUGCGGAGGAUGUGCCCCUCGACGAAACCAACGACCUUAAACUCAUCGAUAUGAUGUGCACUACUAGGGCCUAUAUGCAUGCAAAUCGUAAUCAAGUCAAGGAGUUGGCUCUCAUAUUAAAAUCCAUUUCGGAAGAUAAUUAGUUCGAUCAAUGGCUGGAAAAACACUUGGCAAGCAAUUUAUUUGAGUAGUAUAUCGUUAGGAGAAAAUUUUUAUAUGUAAUACCUAAUA